AUGCCGCCUCGUAGUAAACAACGAUCACCAUUUGAUCAAGUAUUCGAGUUCGACAGAGGAAGGAUAGUGGCCUACCGAGAGUUGUGGAUUACUUUCAGGGAAAUCGGUAGUCGUGUUGGAAACCAAACAAAUGUAAUGUGGAUAUGGGACCGCUGGAUGCAGGAGGAGCAGCAUUCUUCAACUUUACCCAGAGUCACUUUCAGCCAGCCGCAAGUUCGAACAGAAGAAGGCUCCUUUGCGCAAUUGCCUUGCGUGGCGCAAGGAAAUCCUCCGCCAACAUACAGGUGGAUGAAAGAUACAUCUGGCGUCUUACAAGCCAUUGAAGAAGAUGCUAGAAUAUGGGAAAAUCAAGGAACUCUGAAUAUAAAAAAAGUACAAGCAUCUGAUGGUGGAAAAUAUCAAUGCAUUGUACGUAAUAGCAUAGGCGAAAGACGAAUAGAGAGCGUACUGCUUGUCACAGCUCCACUCAUGGUGAAUAUGCGGCCUCCUCGUCAGGUUUUAAACAUUGGACAGGAAGCGACAUUCAACUGCAAUGUUACUGGAUAUCCUGUACACACAAUAACGUGGAAGAAAGACCAGCGACAACUGACAUCUUCCAGUCGUGUGAGAUUGCUGUCCCGAGAUGUCCUUCAUAUUACAUCUGUACGUAGAGAAGAUAGAGGCAUGUAUCAGUGCUUUGUAUACAAUGAUCUCGAUGGUGCCCAAGGGACAGCGGAACUUAGGAUAUCGGUGGAUACAUCAAUGAAUUUAAAACUGCGUCAUGUUAAAGUGUCAUUUUCAGAACUGACGAUAGAAGAAGUUGAAGGUUAUGUGAGCUUAUUAAAUAUUAAACAGCGAUAUGUAGCGACAUAG